GUUUACAUAGUGUUGUGGCACGUUGAAGCAUUUGGUAACAUACAUAUUGUUAUGAUGUGAAGGUUACCCGUUAAUAAAACAAGUCUGUGUUGGGACGUCGUGAAGAUGGAUAAGACGUCAGAUAAGAAAGAAGAUAGUUCUGUUAAGUUGAAUUAUGUCUGUAGGAACAUUGUCGACUGCAAACAGGGAACGGUGAGAGCUGUGCGUUUCAAUGUUGAUGGUUCCUACUGCUUAACAUGUGGUGCAGACCGUACUUUAAAACUGUGGAACCCCCACAGGUCACUACUACUGAAGACAUAUUUGGGACACGGAGGGGAGGUCUAUGAUGCAGCAGGGUCUUGUGACAACAGUCAGCUGUGCUCUGGAGGUGGUGAUCGCAUCGUGGUGCUGUGGGAUGUGGCAACAGGAAGGCCCCUCCGACGUCUCCGUGGACACGCAGGUCGCAUCAACUGUAUCCGCUUCAAUGAGGAAUCCAGUAUCAUCGUCUCUGGAUCACAGGACUGCACUGUGCGUUGCUGGGACAUCCGUUGCCGGCAGACACGCGAUGCGGAGAUGGUCUUGGCAGAAUCCUCAGAUGCUGUGACAUCACUGUUCGUCACUGACCACGAGAUAGUGACAGGAUCACUGGACGGAAGGGUACGGCGGUACGAUGUACGAGCCGGCGAACUUGUCACAGACUGUGUUGCCCAGCCGGUGACAUGUGUCAGUCAAACACGGGACGGACAGUGUGUCGUGGUGAGUGGCGCAGAUUCUACGAUCAGGUUGCUGGACAGGGACACGGGGGAGCUUCUCGGAGAGUACCGUGGCCACGACGUGUCUGGCUUUACAACGGAGAGCUGUGUCGAUAAUAUGGACCGCCACGUGCUGUCCGGGUCAGCCGACGGCCACGUGUACUGCUGGGACUUAGUGCGUGAGAAGCUGACGGAGACACUGGUGCACGGAGAGGUGAAGGGCAGUGCUAGUGUCGUGUCUUCCCUGAGCCCACACCCACUGCGGUCUGGUCUGCUGUCAGCUGCCGGAGGCACGGUCAAGUUGUGGGGGCCGGAAGAAAGCCCAGACGAUGCAGACGAGGUGUGACCGUUGCGAGGGUUCGACACUUUUGAUUAAACUGAUUUCUGUUUUAAACUGAUUCUGAUUAAUUACUACCCUGUACAUAAAUGUUUAAUAUUUAACUGAGUACCUAGCAUCGGGUUUCUCAGUGUCAAAAUCAGUGUUGACGGCAGCACUGUACGUGUACAAAACCAAGUUCAUUAAUAUUAAACUCUGAGAUUACCAAUCAAUAAAAUAAUUUCCACACAUUAAAAUACUAAUGUUGAUUUUGUGGAAAUGACAAGAAUAUCCAUUUAUUUAUUGAAAGUGUGACAUAUUGUGUGAGAACUAUAAUAUGGCACAUGGACUGCCUGGUUCUGUCCAUUAGCAGUGGGGAGACUUUGUGCUUUAGUGAUCUGCAGGUGUUCAUUGUCAACUGUGCAGAGUACUAUUAGCCGGUGUUGACUGCAUUGUCUUUUUU